ACCUCCACCGCGCCUGAGCCCCGCCCGGGUCUGGGCCCCGCCCGCCGCCGCGCCUGCGCUCUGUGCCGGAGCGCUCCGCCCGCCCGGCCGCCGGGGCGCAGGUCGCGGCCCGGCCCGGCAGGAUGCUGAAUGUGCCCCCGCAGGCCUUCCCCGCGCCCGGCUCACAGCAACGGGUGGCUGCGAGCGGCCGCGCCAAGGUACCUUUAAAACCAGGAAGGAGCCUUAUGGAUUGGAUUCGACUAACUAAAAGUGGGAAGGACUUGACUGGUUUGAAAGGGAGGCUAGUUGAAGUGACUGAAGAUGAGCUGGCUAAGCACAACAAAAAGGAGGACUGCUGGAUAUGUAUAAGAGGGUUUGUGUAUAACGUCACACCAUACAUGGAAUAUCAUCCCGGCGGUGAGGAUGAACUAAUGAAAGCAGCAGGAACUGAUGGUACAGAUCUCUUUGAUCAGGUUCAUCGUUGGGUCAAUUAUGAAUCGAUGCUGAAGGAAUGUCUUGUUGGGAGAAUGGCUGUCAAGCCUAUUGCUGCUCCGAAAGAGAUUUCUUCUACUCUGUCUGAAGAGAAGAAACAGCUUAAUGGCAUGCUUUCUGAGAAGGGAGUACUGGGUGCUUCUACUAAAGAUGUAAUGCUAAGUUAUGACUGGUUCCAAACAGACAGUUUGAUCACCAUUGUCAUAUAUACUAAGCAGAAGGAUCUGAAUGCAGAGUUGGUGAUAGUUGACUGUCAAGACAAACGAUUGAGGGGAGAGAUCAUCAUAGAUGACCACUCAUAUCUUGUAGAAGUUGACUUGUAUCAUGCAGUUCAAGAAGACUUGGCUGUGAAUAUUACUGAAAAAGUUGGGAAAGUAGAGAUUAUACUAAAGAAAAAUGAUAACAUUCAUUGGAAAAUGCUGGGACAACCCUUGGAGAAUCAUAAUACAUUUAUCAAACGCACGGACAGAGGACAGUUCUACAGAAAAUGCAAGUUGGUUUCUAAGACAGAAGUGACCCACGACACCAAACUCUUCUGCUUGAUGUUGCCUAAGAGCACACAUCUCCAUGUUCCCACUGGACAACAUGUUUACCUCAAACAAAUCAUUGCAGGGACAGAGGUAGUAAAACCAUACACACCUGUAUUGCCUUUUUUGCCGCUGGAUUUCAAAGAACCAUCUUGCCACGAUGGUGCACAUAUAUAUUUAAUGAUUAAAAUUUAUUCCUGCGGACCAUUCACACAGGCACUUGAGCACCUGCAAGUUGGAGACUAUAUUUCUGUCAGCAACCCUGAAGGUAACUUCAAGAAGUCACAAGUUCAAACUUCAGAAGAUCUCUUUUUAUUGGCAGCAGGCACAGGCUUCACACCAAUGGUUAAACUGCUGGAUUUUGCUCUGACAGAAGUUAGUUGCCUCCGGACAGCAGUUCCUGAACUAGAAGUUGCAACUGCAGACAGGGUUAUGACAUUUAGAAGAGAGGUCACAAGUCCAACAGACUUUCAGGUACAGCAAGAAAGAUACUCUAUCGAGUUAGUGACAAAAAAAAUUGAACAGACAAACAAAAUGACAGUGAAGCUGAUCUUCUUCAACAAAACAGAAGAUGACAUACUUUGGAGAAACCAACUUGAACAAUUAGCUCUUAAGGACAAAAGGUUUGAGGUUAAAUUCAUUCUUUCACAACCAACAAAGGACUGGAUGGGUAAAGAGGGGAAGAUUUCUUCAUCUCUUCUCUCUGAGUUUGUGAAAAGAAGCAGCAAAUAUUCCAAAGUGCUUAUCUGCAUCUGUGGUCCAACACCGUUUACAGAACAAGGAGUACAAUAUCUGAAGGAUCUUGGAUACUCCCAAGAAGAGAUACAUGCUUUUACCGCAUAAACCCAUGUGAGGAUAUCAGUGUGUGUUUGUAUAAUUCAAUCUUAUUUAUUUACUUUCGUGAACUUAAAUGCAAAGCAAUUUUGUAAGACUUGAAAUUUCAUUCUUGGUACCAAACUGUUUCUUGGAAGAAAUGUAUCUUUGAAAAAAAUUUGUAUGAUGUUUUAUCUUGUUUUUGUAAAUAUUUUUGGUAAUACUUAAGUCAUCCAGGGUAUUAAUUUAUUAUAGAGGGAAGCAAAAAUGUAUAGUAUACAUUAUGUAAGAUAUAUCAUGUUGUUGGUUCAUGAGAAUUCUUAAAUUUAUGACAAGCACUGAUUUAGUUUUUGAAUUGAAAAAGCUUGUUAGUUUAGUUCUUACUGUAAAAAAGUCUUAAGAGCAAUACUGUCUGGAAUUAAAUAUUGUACUGUAACUCAGGUAACAGUUCUUUUUCAUCCAGUAUCUCUGUUUGACUUGCAAGUGAUCUGGAUACAUUUUUGGCUUUGUAAACAAAGAAUUAAAGUACCUUUGGUGAAACAAAAUUUACAUCAAAUAAUAAAAAUAUAAUAAUUUUACAUUA